GCAGAGCAGAGCAGAGAGAGGCUCUCUCCAGAUCGGUGCCAGACGCACGGAGGACUUUUGUUUUUGCGCGACUUGUUCAACGUUUGAGAAGUUUUUUAAAAAUAACUAUAUUAAGACUUGUUUGUUACUUACUCUGGUGUCAAGUGUGGCCUAUUUAAAUUGUGUUUCUUUUUGACGCUUAUUUGGAAUAUUAUCGGGAUUUAAAGUUGGAUACUGUCACGACGCGCAGAAGUCAUCCAGGAAAAGUUUCCCAGGGAUUGUUUCUUUUUCGACCGAGGAGCGCGCAGCAGCUGCUCGCAGCGCUUCAGGAGAGAGAGAGACUUGUCAGUGCGACUUCGUCCGGGCUGAUUUCAAUUGUACUGAGCGGUCCCAGAAAUGGUGGGGCACCUACAUUUACAAGCGAUGGAUGAUAGUCUAAAAGGAAAGAACCGAGAAGGGCUACUCGACAGUCCGGAUUCGGGUCUGCCACCCAGUCCCAGUCCGCCCUUCUGCUCCCUCUCUCCGGGUCUGAUCGAGUCGCGCUCCGGCAGCUGCACGACGCCCGUCGAAAGCCAUCAUGGAUUUUAUAAAAAGGAAAGCAGAGAAGGCAAACUGCUGCCCUACCUGCUGCUGAACUCCACAGGGACGGACCCAAAGAGUCGCAUGCACCCUGUGUUCUUUGGAGAAAGCAUCGAGGUCAACCCCAAACCAGAACAGGAGAUCAAGUGCAACUCAGAGGUCAAGUACGACUCCGACAAGCAUUACCGGGACCAGGUCUACUGCGCCCCUGUUCCAACUGCAACCUCCUUCAGUGAGACAGUGGUGGCUGUGCGAGACUGCACCUGGAGGAGCUACAAGUCCCAGGUGUACCUGGAGCCACGGCAGAAGCCCAUCAGCUACCGGAGCACCACCAUCAUCUACCCGAAACACGCAAAGAACACUUACCGCACUACGCUCAACUACAAUGCUACUGGGUCACGCCGCUGGUUUGUGUCCACGGUGCAGUUGGAGUCAAGCGAGGAUACGAGUCCCUGUAUCAUCUACACAGAGGACCUGUAGAGCCCAGACUAGAGAGAGGACGUCCUGGUCUUCUUCUUGUUUUUUAUUUGGAGGAAGAGAAACUUUGAAGGCCCGAUUUGAAAGGGAAAUACUUUAAGUAACAUCUGGAUUCUCUACUCUGUUCAAGAUGGAGAAAACUCUAGUAACCCUUUAGUGAUUCUUCACCUGAGUGUAUUUAGACUCUCUUCUGAUGCAGUCUUUAAAAAGGGGAGGGGGUCCUUUGGCUGUUUCAACGGUUAAUGUCUUAUUUAAUACAAGAGUUGACAAAUUGGUGGCCUUUGCUCUCCUUCCGGUUGGAGUGAGGGCAGAAACAGAUGUGUUUUUAUAUAGAGGAAAGUCAUGAUGGUAUAUGUCGUGGAUUUAAGAUGAGUCACACCAAUGCAAAGCUUUCUAAUGUGGCUUUAUUGCACUUGUUUUCUGAAUAUCAGCAGUCCUCUCAGUGGACUCGACAUUGCAGGAGGUUAUUUCAGUGCUGCAUAUGAAAAGUUGGACCAAAGAUAGUUUGAACAGUAUUGUUUUUGGAUCAUCUCGACAUACCGAGACACAAGACUUUGAUCAAGCAUUUGACCGAGAUAAAAUGCAUUUUUCAAUUUUUCCACAGGCAGAAUAGUCUCCAGGGUAAGGACUGGUGUUUAAUCAAAAGGACAAAAGCACAGUAAAAGGGACAUUUUUCUAUCCUCUAAAACUUGGUUUCAAAUCUUAAAGGUUCAAUGUGUUAAAAUGAGAUCUAUUUUGCGAGGUGAGUCAUUAUCUUUAUAAGUAAGUUUUCAUUUGUGUAUAAUCACUUAAAAAUAGUUUUAAGAAAUGUUUGCAAUAUUGUUCAAAGAAGCCAUAAAUGGACAAACCAAACUCUGACUUUGGAGAUGGCCUUUAAAUUGUACAAUUGUUUAAGUCACAAUCUCCCAGCUAUUAGUGUCUCUCUCUAUAACAUUGAAUAUUAAACUGGGUAAGAUAAACUUAUCUUCUAUUGAACACUUUGAUUAAGAGACUGUCAGAUUUAAGGCUGUUUUUGUUCAAAGGUCUUUAGGAGGUGCAGAAGGGUUGAAUAGCAACAAUCAAGAAGUUUGGGUAUUAAAAAAACUAUCCUUGUUAUUUAUUAAGAGUUAAGACAUUCAGUUAAUCUGUUUAGUUGGGGCUUUGGUGGGACUUCAUCCUCUGUAGUUAGAGGAUGUUGAAAACACGGACAGUUUGUUUUUUGGGGCCUUUAAUGAUGACAAUCAUUAUUUUGUUUUUCAGUCAGAUGAUGGAGCUGUUCACAUGGAAAAAAACCUGAAAUUGAGGGAACCAUCAGGGAAAAGUUUUUUUUACUUUUAAAUACUUCUUUGUUGAACACUAAAACAUUAAUUAUUUUAACUGCAAUUGUUCCUGGAUGGUUUUGUUCUACAAGUAUUUGAUGACAAUCUUUUUCAACUUCAAAUGAUGUGAAAGCUGUUCUGGAUUAAGUCUGCACCAGCUGUAUGUGAAGUCAAGUUCUCUUUUAUGUAAUUUCAACCAUAUACAGAAACACGGUGAGAUGACAUUUUGUUCCUCUAAGACUGUGAUGAUACAUAAGACAUUUGAGAAUUUAGAGGUAGACACAUGAGAUUAAAUGCAGAUACAAAGUGUCUUAAAACUGUUGAGGUAGAAAAAAAAAUGUGUGGAUUAAAAAAAUUGGUGUCAAAAAAGUCAGACAGUAAACAAACAGUUGAAGUGACAAAAACAGAUGAGGUGGCAAAAAACAAUUAAGGGUGCAAAGAAACUGUUCAAGUGACAAGUUUAGUGAUGUAGUCACAUCACACUAAAGUGUGUGCAAGAUGAGGAUAAGUCGAUAGUUUCAGACUAUGAAGAUAAAUGAUUAUACACAAAACCUAAGAAAUGUUUUAGCCAUUAGAGACUAUUAAUUCAUAAAGUGUAUGCUAAGUCAUUUAGCAUAUCGAGUUCCCCACAAAUAAGACUUUAAAGAGGCAGACGAUAUAUAAAACUGAAGUAUCUGUCCUUGUUAAUAUACUUGUUAAUAACCUAUACUUGCUUCAGUUAAUCAAUGUGCAUGUUGAGAUAUUUGGGGUUUAAGCUAACCUAGCUAACAUCAUUUGGUCGUUUUGUCUUAGCAUUGACUUUGGUAAUUUAAGGCUUUUUGUGAAACGUUAUUAAAAAUCUUUAGUUUCAGGUUAUUGGCUUCAUACAUAUCAAAUAUUACCUCUCUAAUUGUUCACUCUAAGCUGCUCUUAACAUUUUGUACAUUAGCAAGCCAACGUUAGCUUUGUCAUUUGGUCUUGUCAGUGUAGCUAACACCAGGCAGUUAUUGGCAACAAAUACAAAUAUUUCAUUGAAACCAAUAUCUAUAAAACUCACACUGGUGGACCGUUUGGUUUGAACUUAGCUUGAAAUUACAAAUAGCUGGUGCAACUGAUUGUUUCAUGUUGUUUUCAGGUACCAACUGGUUGUCAUAUGAGGCAGUUUCUGAUUCAAUGAAUACGUGACAUGUAAAAAGGGGAGCAGUGAAACCUGAGUUCCCUGCUGAAGAUGUAAAAUAGAUUUUUAUUGAGUGUAUCCAUGACUUUUUGUUGGCUCUUUCUUUUAUGCACUCACCAGACACUUCAUGAGCUACAACUGUACCAUUUAACAUUUGUGAUGGAGACAAUUUAAACUGAAAUACAAGCAAUGUAGAGAAAUAAUUCUAGGCAGAGCAACUCACAUCACAUUAAAUUGUACAUUCGGACCUAAUGAAGUAGUUGGAGAUAUACAGUUUGUAUUUAAAAAAACAAGAUAACUCAUCAUGGAAAAUAUUGAAACUUUGGAAUUUACCUCAAAUUGUCUUAGAUAUUCUAUUUCUUUACAAAUGUGUUUCCUGACUGUCCUUCGAGGUCUUGAGUUUGCGUUGGUGGUGUUGUUUUUCAAGAUUUAAAUGCCCUGCGGUUCAGUGUAGGAGAGAUGUGGAUGGCAUAAAGCGGAGGUGAUGCAUCAGUACUGUGCGAUAAGGUGCUGUGUUUCAAAGAGGGGAACUGUAAAGUGAAGAUAAACCAAGAGCAAGAUGAGAAAAGCAAUCUGCUCUUUCCGAAGACAAUUUGGAGAGGAUUAUUUUUUAGAAGGCUCUUUAUGAAAAAUGGUUACCUUCUGGGUGAGGUGACGGAGAAGGUGAUGUAGAGUUUUGUUAUGUGUUGGUGGUCUGUGAGAUGUCAGAGAGUGAUGAGAGAAAGUUGGUGGGUGUUUAAAACGUCGGUGGUUUUGUGAGAGAUACUUUUGUGUUUCCGAACACUUGAUUUUUGUAACUGUAAAAUAUUUUCCUCUUGUAUAUGUGGCAUCGAGGCACUUCAUAAUUCUCUUUAUAUUUUUGUACGUCAAUCAUUGCUCCUGUUCUGAUCCAAGGACAUAAUUUAAAAAGAUGUAUAUCCUUAUUGAAUAAAAAAAGAAUUCCCAAACCCUAAA